AAAUAAAGUUAACCAAGGUACUUUAAGCAUGUCUUCACCUUCAUGGUUUUGGCUCACUGUUGUUGGAGGUGGAAUCUCAGCUGUAGCACUUUGCAUUCUCAAAAGAUGUUCUCGAACCGCAAUCACGUGUACUAGCUUACGUUUGAUGUCCGGUAAAACUGUCCUUAUCACGGGAGCAAACUGUGGAUUAGGAAAAGCGACAGCCUUAGAACUGGCUAAACGUGACGCUAAAGUGAUUUUGGCAUGUCGAGAUCUGGUGAAAGCAAAACAGGCUAUCGAUGACAUUCGUCAGAGGACAUCGAAAGGGGAAUUACAAAUUGCUAAACUCGAUCUGUCAUCGAUGUCAUCUGUAAAACAGUUCUGUGAGGAUAUAAAUGCAAAUGAGAGGAGGCUGGACGUGUUGAUCAAUAAUGCUGCUGUUAUGGCACAUCCUUUCGCCAUCACUGAAGAUGGUUUUGAAAUAAACAUGGCUGUCAAUCACUUUGGAAACUUUCUAAUGACAAACCUUCUUUUGGAUCUGCUGAAGAAAUCGACUCCAAGUAGAAUUGUCUUUGUAUCAUCUAGUCUUCACAAGUUUGGAAAACUUGACUUGAAAGACUUGAACAGCAAGCAUAACAAUCCAUAUGCUGACAGUAAAUUAGCUAAUAUUUACUUUGCAAGGGAACUUCACUUAAAACUUAAAGGCACUGGAGUGGCUGUCCAUACCCUUUCCCCAGGCAUGGUCAACACAGAACUUGGGAGACAUAGAUUAUCCCAGGUGUUACGAUUCUGUCUACAGCCACUGUUCUGGUUAUUCAUUAAGUCACCCGAGGAAGGAUGUCAAACUAUCGUUCAUUGUGCAGUUUCAGAAAAACUUGACCAUGCUUCAGGGGGUUACUAUGCAAAUUGUGAAGAAAGUAAAUGGAGUGAAAUUUCCAAACAAAGUGUACCAGAACUGUAUGCUAUCAGUGAAAAAUUGACAGGUCUUAGGUGAACCAUUUAAUUAUUCUUUGUUUUCAAGCAAUCGUAGACUAAACAUUUACCAAGUGCUCUACAUACAUCAUUUGUUAUGUUAAAGUAAUGCUGGUGCCAGAUAUAAUGAGAAUUCAGUACAAGUGUAUUUGAGGACUUUUUUUCUGCAUCACAUUGUUUGUGCAUAACAUUUUAUUGACAAUCUAAUUACAAAUGCAGAUAAGAUAUUGUCAAUUCAAAAAUAAACAAUUUUUCCCAUUGUAUUGCUGCUAAUGUGUGUCUGUUUGAUUUUCUGUUUUACAUUUUGGUAGUAUUAAAAUCAAAAUCAUCUUUUUU